AAAGCAAAAGAUAUGUCACUUGCAUUUGUCCACAUAAUACUUCCUUGGUCCUUUGUAUCAAUAUCAGUUUUCAAAGCUUCCAGAAUGGCAAGCUUGGCUUCUGCUCAGGCAUCAUCAAGGCUAGACGCUAUGAGUCUCACAAACACGAUCGUAUCCUUGGCUCGAAACGCCAGGACACACCGCCACAACUGUGGGCAGCUCGCUGAGCACGUAGGGAUGAUAGGAAACUUGCUCGAGAAGAUUAAAUCAACGGACCUGAUGAAGCUCCCCGCUACAAAGGAGCCGUUGGUUGGUCUUGAAGAGGCUCUUGAGAAAGCACUUCAAUUAGUGGAGAGUUGCAGAGACAAGAGCUGUCUCUACAUGCUUGCCAUGGGGUGGAGUGUAGUGUAUCAAUUCCGCCAAGUCCAAGCUGAGAUUGACCUCCACCUCAGUCUCCUAGUCCUCCCCAUGAUUUCUCUGCUUCAUGAGUUUCGCCUGCAGAAUUUGAAGGAAGGCCUGCAGGCCAUUGAAGAGGAUCAAAGAAUGUAUACACUUGAGGAAGAGGACAUGGAGGCCCAGAAUGUGGUAUUGAAACCUGAUAGAACAAGGACAGAUGCAGAGAUAUUAGAGAAGUCAUUGUCUCCAAAAUAUCCUAACUUGACUUUCAGUGAGGCACUUCAGGAGGAGAAGGAGAAGCUGAACAUUGAAUUGCAGCGGUCAAGAACGAUUAACGACGGCCCCGAUCAAUGCAGAGUGAUUGAACAUCUUAUUGAUGUAGCAGAAAAUGUGGUCAGUGGUGUGCUGCCUGGGAAGAAAGUUGAGAAGCUUCUUGUCAAUGAACCAAGUUAUGUGGUAUCAGGGUACAUAACCAAUGCCAAAUCCAUCUAUGGAGACCAUGGCUUACGGCCAGAGAAUGAAGGGCGGUUCGGGUGGCAGGCUGAUCUUUUCGGUUGUUGCAGCGAGCCUUGUCUAAGUGAGUUUCUCAGAGCCAUUAUCUUCCUUCUAAACUCUCUCUUUUCUCACUGUGUAAGUUACCAUGUUUCAAUAGGCCUGAAGAGCUGCGUCUACCCUUGUGGAACAUUUUCAUGGCAAUGUGGUGUCAAAAGGAAAAAUAUCUCGUGAACUAGCAACCAAUAACCUAAUAGCAUGCUCUUUUUUUGGUGGCUGUUGCUGUUACACUUGUUUUGUGAGAAGGAAAUUGCGGCAACUUUUUAACAUAGAAGGAAGUUCUUGCGAUGACUUCUUCACUCACCUCAUGUGCUGCUGCUGUGCCAUGGUUCAAGAACGACGAGAACUUGAACUCAGAAACUUUGAAGGUUGCAGAGGAACAAAUAUGAUCGUCCCACCAUCAGUACAAUGCAUGAAUGCAUGAAUCCUUGGGUGCCUUGUACUACGUCUUAGAUGCAUGUAAAUCAAUUUAUGAUUCCAAUCCAACAAAUUGGCAUGAAUAUCCUGUUACAUCUUUUUGGCUUAAAUUCACAUAUAAAGCUCCUGGACUA